CGCCUCCUCCGACUUCCCAUCCCGGCAGGAGAGCGAGACGCCAAGCAACACAUCGGAAUCGUCUCGAUCCCUGCCGACCCCGCCGCGCCCUCCCACGAGCACCUGCCGUCCCCACUCGGCCGCAGCCGCGUCCCCCUCCUCUGCGCGCAACACGAAGCCCCUGCUGUCGAUGCCGCAAAAACGGCUCAACCCAUCAUGUCCGAUCAGAAGCGCCGGAACGCCAUCCGCGAUGGAGGCCGCCCGAAUGGGGAGCGGGAACCGGAACAAGGCAAGGGGCAGAGCAAGGGCAAGAGCGGCGUCUUGUUCCGCGCCGUCGAGUAUGUGAAAUGGCUCGAAGAGGGCCGCCAGGCUCUGCAUGCGGAGGUGCUGCGUGUGGAGGCAGCCGCCGGACUGUGA